AUGGGGAGCCCCACGUUGGGUGCCAGAUAUUGCUGCCGCCCACUUCCAAGCCCCUUGCGGGGUGGGGCUGCAAAAAAUACUGAAGAUUUGCAAAAUAAUGAGGAGAUAGAAAACACAAAAAAGUUUUUGUCUUUAACUGCUGCAUCUGAAGAAACAGUUGUAGAGCCUUCUUAUUAUGAGGAUGAAGACACCUUUUUCUCGAUGUUUCAUACUCAAGUUCCUCCAAAAGAUUAUGAAAGUCAGAUGCUGAAAGUUGAGAAAGAUUUAAUCUAUGAUGUGGAAAAAAACGAGUCAUUGAUCAAAACAGAAAAGAAGCCUUUUUCAAAUACAGAAAAGAUUGAGCUUAGGAGUAAACAGAACCAGGAUUUUAUUAAGCGAAACAUUGAGUUGGCCAAGAAUUCAAGAAGUCCGGUGAUUAUGAUUGACAGAGAGAAGAAGAGGCUGGAAGAGCUUCUGAAAGGCUUAGAUGAUGUAGACUCAGUGCUGUGCAGUUCUGAGGGUGAUCAGUCUGCUUGGCUGGGCCCAGGGGAAGGAUACACACUUGCGGUGACCCAGGUUGAGCAACUUGCUGAAAUUGAUAGAAAACUCCAAGAACUCUCUACACUCUUCCCAACAAUCUUCAGCUCUUCUCUAGGACUGGAAAAUCAGGAGGAAAAGGAACCUGACCUUGAUGAUGAAGGAAAUAUGGAAACAACUCCAGGAGAAAAGGUUCUACGGGACACCAAAGAGCAGCGAGAUCAGCGGUUGCGGCUGAGAGUGAUUGAUGAGAAGCUGAGAAAGAUCAAAGAAAAGUUAGACUCCACAUCACUUCUGUCUGAGGAACAGUUGCAGUGCCUUCUGGAUGCAUGUAUAGGCAAACAAAAAUCCACCACUGGGCUUUCUUCUGAAAGGGAAAACAAAGGCAUUGAGGAUACAGCACCUGAGUACCCCCAGCUUUCCAGACCCAUCCACUGUGAAUUACUAAGUGAGUCUGAAGCCAAGGUCCAGAAAAUAGAGCUAGACAAUACAAACAUGCUUGAGAAUGAGGAAUAUGGGGUUUCCAAAGGCUAUCUUGACAAAGCCUUGGCUGGGCACUGUGUGCCAGAAGCUCCUGGCAUUGAAGCGGCGAAUGUGAAAUGCCUCCAGGUGUCCAAGGAGGAGGCUUUUAAUGAUACAUCAAGCUAUUUUAUGGCAAAGACUCUUGGCAUCGGGAGACUGAAAAGGCCGUCUUUCUUGGAUGAUCCGAUGAAUGGUGUCAGUGCAAGCCUCUCCUCAGAGGACCACCAGCCAGAACUCAGCCUUCCAGAGAAACUAACAGCAGAUGAACAGGAGUCUGGAGAUGGAAUGGAAGAGUGUGAAGAAUCCAAACCAGGACUUGCUAGGGUUUGCUCCUGAGAAAGUUGGAAUUACAUUUUCCCCUGAAUUCUUUGUAUUCAGUGAAUGCAUCCUAGAGACUAUUCUGCAAAUAAUGAUUUUAACAUGAAUCCCAUCUUUGCUGAUUGCGUUUCUCUGAUAUUUUUGAAAAUUAGG